UUUGAAGCGGGAACUCGUGCUGGAGAACGCGCAGCUGUCAUUCGCUGCGCAGAAGGCGACUCAGAAGCACAGCAGAGGCAGCCGCGAAGACUCGAGUCUACCCACUGAAUAAACAAUGGCUAACGUCAGCAAAGUAUCAAUCCUGAAGUUUCUGGAAAUUGCAUUAACAAUCACGUGUAUAGGUUUGCAUCUACACAGCUUUGCUGCAAAAGAUGCAAAUGAACAGCUUAUCAUCUGUGGAACAUUUGGUGGCUUCCUUGUUAUCCUGAUUGGUAUUUUCGUUGGAAUGUUUACUGGACAACCUGUUGGAAGAAGAGUGGAUAUCUUCUACAGCCUGGCUGGUUGUGCUCUCUUUGUGGCAGCAGGUGCCCUCAGCAUUCAGUAUUACGAAAACAUGUAUAAGGGGGACCUGAGGGACAAGGGUCUCUCAAAGGGAGCACUGGCGAUCAUUAAUGGUGUUUGUUUCCUUCUGGAUGCGGUGUUUAGCUUCCGUGGGGAAUAAACGAAGAACCUCAUAAGAAUGAAAAUCAGAAUAUAAUGAAAUUAUUUUGAAGUGUAAUUUUGAAUGCACCUAUUCUUUUAAUGUUAAAAUGUAAUGAUCUGUAAACAAAAUUGGAUGAAUUUUGUAUGUCAUUACACAGAGCAGUGACAUUGAUGAAAACAAAAGCUUCUGAGCUUGAGAAUGUAAGUGCACAUAGGCUUUAAUUACCCACCAGAAAAACAUUUUUAUAUGUAUUAUUAUACAUUACAUUAUAAUAUAUUUCUUAAAUUGAGACAAUGGCACACAACAAUCUCAUUUAUCAGUGCUAGCUUACUGCAUUAUUACGACAGAUAUAUGAAUUGUUACUAUUGUAUAUAUCAUGUACAAAAUGAAACUUCAUUUACACUAUUAACCAUGUGUAUAUUUGUAUAGUUACUGGCUCACAUUGUUAUCACUGAUAUUCAUUCUUCUUAUUUCAUAUAACACAUCAUUACAUCCAUUAAUGUUGGUAAGAUCUGAAAGUGCAUUAAUGCUCUUGUCAAGGCAUGUGCAAAUCAUUUUAUUUUAUUUUAUUUUUUUUUUUUUUUAGUUUUUAUACUUCUGUUUGGCCAUUUAUUUUAUUUUAGUUAGCUGUAUAAUAAUUUUUAUAAUUUAUCAUAGGAACAUGAGUGAUAUCAAUGAAAAACACAAUAACCAUGACCAAGAAAUCUAUUUUUUAUAUCAUCAUGUGCUUGAAUAAAUCAAGGAACCAAGAAAAUAUAGGUGUUCAACUUGUGUUUGAAAAAACAAAAUGGCUGCAUGGUAUGAUUACUGUAAGAGAUAAAUGGAUUUGUAACAAGCAAGAAUUUAUUGACAUUCCUGUGGAUACCACCAUACAUUACAAACAUUAGUUGAAUGGUGUUUAGUAUGCCCUGGGGCAUUAUAACAUGUACCAUAUUUAACUAGCCUGUCUCAAUUACUGACACACAUUAUAUCAAAAAUUUCUUGUACUGAUAUUAUAGUAAACUAUUUGUAUGACUUGUAUAAUUGAAUGGCAGAAUAAGAAAGCAAUAGUGUUAUAAAAUAGCCACAGUAAAAUUCAUCUUUGCCAGGAUUGCUACACCAACAUGUCACUUCCUUCACUGGUAACAGUUUCCAGUAUAAGUGCAAACUAUUUUGAUGUAAAUGAAAAAGAAAUGUGGGCACAAAGCUUCAGAAAGAGUAUUUUCUAUUUCUUUUUCUUCACAAAACUUAUUUUUUGACAUGCUUUAGAAACUUGUAUACUACUUCAGAAACCGUAACUAUAUAUUAAUGUGACAGCCGAUUUGUACUGUUUUGUAUUUCAUGAAAUAAAUGCUUUAAAUGUCUAAAAGAGAA